AUGGCUUACGUCGGUUGGUGCGGCAUGGUGUCUGGCCAAAGUAUGGUGCUCUGGUCGCGGCUGCACCUGGUUAUGUAUAGCCAGCGGCGCCGGCGUACUGUCCUAACUAUGAUCCUCAUAGACGGCUUUGUCUGCUACGUCACCACGGGCGUGGUCAGCUUCGGCUCCAAUACGCAGCACCCGGAGCGGUUCGAACAGCCCUACUCCAUUAUCGAACGGUUUCAAAUCACCGUCUUUUGCGUUCAGGAGAAGAUCAUUUCAGGUUUAUAUAUAUACGAGAUAAUAAAAAUACUGCAAACCCAAAACGUCGAUUAUCUUUGGGAGACUAGACAGCCCGUCGACCUUUCCAGGGCGAACAACAACCUUUGCAGGAAGAACAAAAACCGCCUGGGCUAUUGUGCCUGGCGGCGGAUGCUAACGCACCUUAUCUACAUUAGCGUCGUUAUUGUGCUCAUCGACGUGCCGCUCCUUUCGCUGCAAUACCUGGAUUUGUACGCCUUACAAACGAGUUACAAAGCGUUCGCGUAUGGGAUAAAGCUCAAAUUGGAACUCAGCAUCCUGAAUCGCCUGGUCGUCGUUACGACCCGGCACGGCCUGAUCGCCGACGCGAGCCGGCAAACCCUUUAA